GGGGCGCGUCUGCGGACCUGGUUCUUGCUGCUCUGGAGCGGGGAAGUUCUGCUGCUGCUUCUGCUCACGAAGCAGCAGUUGUGUCUCGAUUUCUUUCGACUUUAUUUCGAGAGACGCGGCACCUGCCGCGGUACCCUUUGAAGGAGCUGGCAGCAACAGCAGUGCUGCUGGGGCAGCUGCUGCGGCAGGGUUUGCUGCUGCAGCGGGGCCCCUCACUUGCUGUUGCGCUGCGCUGCGUCCUCGAGGCCCUCCGCAAGGGGCCCCCCAGCAAAAUGUGGAUGUUUGGAGUUGCUGCUUUGGAGCAGGUCAUGGACUGUCUCUUUUUUUAUCCCGCAUUUGCUGCUGCUGUUGCAGAGCGACACGAGCUGCUGCUGCUGCACUCCCACUACCAGCAGCACGCAGCAAGAGUUGUUGCUGCGCUGCCCCCAGACCUCCGCAGCAAAAUCCACCUCUUGGAGAGCGAACUGGCUGGAGUUGUGCUGCCCCCCGCCCCCACCAUCGGCAUGAGGGGUUCCGCUUCUGGGGUUGUGGUGCCGGGGCCUAUGGCGCUGAACAUGCAGAAUGA